AUGAGAUUUAGAGAAUACUAUUAUGAUGGUAAGUCAUACACAUACUACAAUCAUAGUUGGUAUGAACUUGUGUUUGAACAUAACUAUUCAUCUACCAGCAAAUGCUUUAGUAGUAAAAAAGAUGCACUUAACAUCAACGAAAACGGCAAAUAUUCCAUAUUAUAUGAUCUAAACUCAACAAAAUAUCUAAUGAAAGACAAAUAUCGAUAUUUCAUUCUUGAUUAUCCAAAUCUUAAUAAAAUUAACUCUUGGCGUCAACGAAAUUCUCCAACCGUUGAAAAAGAGAAACUUAAUGUAAUGGAAGCCUUAGGUUUUGAAAGAUAUGUGACCGAGUUACCAAUGGAAGGUUGGGGAGGUCUCGUAUUAAGCCAAUUAAAUCUUAAUAGAUCCUUAUUAGAUGGCCUUCCAGGGAUUAGCCAUUGGCAAUAUGCUGUUGCAAUGAUUUGUGUAGAAGGUAAUAGAUACGUAGAAAUGGGAUAUCCUGCAUCAUUCAACGAAGAAUUACAAAUCGAGGUAAUUACUGAUAGAAUUCGAUUAUGGGCUGCCAGAGGUAAAGUUUUCCCUACUAUUCCACAUUCUUGUGUGAUUAACUAUAAUUUAUUUCGAUUUCAAACCAUCAUAACUUUGUUUAUGUUACUUCCAGAAACAUAA